AUGUUAGCUGAGAUUUCAUCGGUAUGUCUCGAAGAAUGUCCUGAUUUCUGUCCUGAUCUCGAAAAUCUGGAGUGUUCUGAGCUAGCUCGAGAUCCAUGUGACUGUUGCAUUGUAUGCAUGCAUCAACCUGGUGAGCUCUGUGGUCCAGCUAUUGCUGCUUGCCGAUAUCCAAGUCUAUGCUAUCCUUUACCAAGUCAAACUUCUCUCGGAACUUGUUCUGAUGGUAUGUUUGAGGCAGUUUGA